UUUUAUAAGACAACCAUUUUACGAUUUUCUCGUAUUCAUAUUCAGUUUUUUAUUUUAUUCAUUAAAAAUAAUGAAAUUGUUACGAAUUUUCGAUCGAAAUGUCGGGUCAUUUUAGCUAUUCCCGUUGGGAUCCGAUAUUGAUUUCUACACAGAUUGUUGCCAUACAGACUACAUUUUAUCUAAGUCUUGGAUUCAUCCUAUUCUUUAUUGCAAAUCUUUUUGGAUAUUAUCCUACAUUAGAUCAAAUAUUCAAUUCACAGAUUGUAAGCUUUAAAACUUCACUGGGUCUAGUCAUAACAAUUUCUUUUAUUUUAAAUUCUUUUUUCGGGGCCCUAAUUUUACAUUUCAUCGUUCGACGAGCAAAAAAAUGUCUAGAUUUUACACUGACUUUAUUCAUCAUUCAUCUUAUUAUGGUUCGAUUUUAUAAUGGUCAAAUACCAUCAUCAUUUUCUUGGUGGCUAUUAAACAUUAUUUGUAUAACCAUCAUGUGUAUAUCUGGUGAAUAUGUUUGUCUUCAAUCCGAACUGAAAGCCAUUCCAUUGUUGGUUGCAAAUAAAGUCAGUUCAUUGUGAUCAUUGUAUCAUCAAAAAAAAAUUAAUUUUCUCAAAAAAAAAAAAAAAUUUGUAAUUUAUAACAACAAAUGAAUAU